CAUCCGAGGCAACGAGUAACUCUGGUUAUUAAUACAGUAAUUGGGGGAGUUACCAUGUGACCCGCUGCUCAUUUUUAAUAAUUUGGAAAGUUUUCUUGUCGUGGAGGAACGGGCUAUGGAAAAUCCCCGCUGACCUUGGCCAGGUUGUGGUGUGUGAGCGGCGCUCGCUGCCCCGCACAGCCCGGGCAUGGAGCAGCUGAAGCGGGAGCUGCGCACCGAGACCUUGUGGAGGGCUCUGCCCGCCGAGUUCCUGGGCACGGCCGUGCUGGUCUUCUGCGGGGUGGCCAGUGCCCUGGCGUGGGCCGGGCAGCAGCCGCCGGUCCUGCAGGUGGCCCUGGGCUUCGGCCUCGCCGUCUCCGCCGCCUCCCUCUUCACGCAGGGAGUGGGAGCCGGACACCUCAACCCCGCUGUCAGCCUGGCGCUGCUGGUCAGCCUUCGCAUCAGCCCGCUCCGGGCGCUGCUGUCCGCGCUCAUGCAGAGUCUCGGCUCCAUCGCUGCCUGCGCGCUGCUGCAAGCACUCACCCCGCUCCAUGUCCGCGGGGAGAUGGGGCUCAACAAGCCUUCUGCUGGCGUUACACAGAUCCAGGCCUUGGUAGUUGAAGUCAUCGUCACCUUCCAGCUUGUACUGUGCGUCUUUGUAAUCUCACACAAGGAAAGCCACUUUGAAGGAUCUGCACAGGUGGCCCUCGGAGUUUCUGUGACCCUUGGACAUUUGGUGGCGAUCCGAUUCACUGGAUGCAGCAUGAAUCCCGCACGAUCCCUGGGACCGGCUGUUAUAACGUCAAACUUCUCUCAGCACUGGAUAUUCUGGGUUGGACCUCUGCUGGGAGGAGUCUUGGCCGCGAUCGUGUACAGUUCUCUGCUGACGCCAAAGAGGUUCAGGUGCGGAGACUGCCUGAGUAUGUGGAAGACAGAUGCCGAGCCAGAACACAAGGUGGAAGCACAGCCCUAGACACAACAUAUUGCCUGCCUCAGCUGCAGCAUAUUCCUGCCUAAUGCACGAUAGAGUUGCUACACAUUCACUUUAUUAUGUUAGAACGUGGUUAGAAUUUUAACUAAAAUAAAAAAAUCAUGCAUUUAAACCGCAAUAGCGUAAUGAUGAUUCUGGAGAUAUAUUUACCCCCAAUGGCAGAAGGAACGAUAGGAACACACUGCGGUCAUUUUAUGAUAUAAUGUAUUCUAUAAUCUGAAAUAAACACAAUAUAUUGAGAGUUGA